UCAUUUGUAGAAAGUUGCGAUUGCGAAAAAGAAAAUUUUAUUUUGGUAUUCAGAUCAAUACCCAUAUACUGCGAAAACUAUCAGUUGUACUGUUUAUUGUUACAACAGUCAUUGCUUUGAACAUGUUAGUAAUGUAGUUGGAUUUCGAAAACCCCCAGUCAACGGAUGAUCAGAUCAAUAACUUCCUCGCCCAGAUAAACUAUAAACAAAGCAUAUGUCAUCGAGGAUGGUGGAUAACACAGUUACUAGUUCCGCUACUCCUGCAUCACUAUUGAACGAUUCAUCGUCGAGCCCUUUAACGAUUAUCCAGGACAAUACUCUUUCAUCUGAUCCGAUAUUCCUGCAGACCAAGCUGUGUCAGACCAUCACUGGACUGUUUGUAUGGGCAGCACUCUUCCUAACAUGUACACAAAUCUACCAUCAUCUAAGAUGGUAUACGAAUCCUGCUGAGCAACGAUGGAUUGUAAGAAUAUUAUUUAUUGUACCUAUUUAUGCUACUCACUCUUGGGUGAGUCUAUUAUUCUUCAACUCUGAGAGCUACUAUGUAUAUUUCUUCACAAUACGUGACUGUUAUGAAGCAUUUGUUAUAUACAAUUUCUUGUCUCUCUGUUAUGAGUAUCUUGGUGGUGAAAGUAAUAUAAUGUCUGAGAUCAGGGAAAAACCAAUAAGAAGCAGCUGUUUGUAUGGCACCUGUUGCUUGAGUGGAAAAACCUACACUAUUGGAUUUCUGAGAUUUUGCAAGCAAGCAACUCUGCAGUUUUGCUUGGUGAAACCAAUAAUGGCAUUUAUUAUUAUCUUCUUGCAAGCUUUUGGACACUAUAGAGAUGGUGAUUGGAGCCCAGAUGGUGGCUAUCUCUACAUCACAAUUAUUUACAAUAUUUCUGUAUCCCUGGCCUUGUAUGGAUUAUUUUCAUUCUAUGUUGCCACUCGUGACCUUCUGACACCCUAUGAACCUGUACUGAAGUUUUUCACAGUCAAAUCUGUUAUUUUUUUGUCAUUUUGGCAAGGAGUUGGUCUUGCAAUUUUAGAAAAAGCAGAAGUAAUUUCACCAAUAAUAGAUAGCAAUGGUACACGCACUAGUGGAACUGUGUCUGCUGGAUACCAAAACUUCUUGAUAUGCAUAGAGAUGUUUGUUGCUGCUGUAUCUCUGAGAUAUGCUUUCCCCUACAGAAUAUAUGCUCAUGGUUGUAUUACCGAUUCUAGAGGAAGGUCUGUGACAAUGCAGAGCAUAUCUAGCAGUCUCAAGGAGACUAUGAAUCCCAAGGACAUCAUGACAGAUGCUAUUCACAAUUUUCAUCCUCAGUACCAACAGUACACCCAGUACAGCUCCAAUGUGAUUUCUCGUCAACCAUAUGAGAGUUUGUGAUCCACACAGUAUAGUGAUGAAUAAGUCACUAUUUGCCAUUCUAGAUACAACAUUCCUCUGACUAUAGCUGUUCCUGAAAAUGCCAACAAAAAAAAUCAUACAGUGUUUGAUGAAGAAUGUGUCCUAUUUAAUGUACACUAGAAAUUCUGAAUGUUACUUAUUUUUUUUACAUGUAGAUAGAUGAUGAAUUAAUUUAGAAAAUUAUAAUCAAUAAAUAAUAAUGUGUUAUGACUUA